UCCUAUUUAUGCAAACUCGUUCUCCAUCUUCCUCUCUGUUCUGUUCUGUUCCGUUCCGCAUCAUUGAGACUGCCACACCCGAAAGCCCAACACUUUUUUGCGGCUCUCGUCUGUCUGUUUGUCUCACCGCCCUAGGGAAACAGACACGCACAUACACAGAGACAAACAACAACAAUGGAGGUGGGUGAGUUGCAGCAGAGUCUGAUGGAUUACAUGAACUCAUUGCGCAGUCAGGAGAUUCUGGAUUCUCAGUUCGGACAGCUUCAACGGCUGCAAGAUGAGAGCAGCCCCAACUUCGUGGCCGAAGUGCUCACUCUCUUCUUCACUGAUUCCAAGGAUCUCAUCAAGGAACUCUCCGAGGCUCUUAACCAGCAGAAUGUGGAUUUUAAGGAAGUAGACUCCUGUGUUCACCAGUUGAAGGGCAGCAGCGCAAGUAUUGGUGCACAGAGAUUAAAGAAGACUUGCAUCGACUUCAGCAGAUUCUGCAAUGAAAAGAACCGUCAAGCAUGCCUGAAGUGCCUGGAACAAAUGCGAGAGGAGUUCAAUCUGGUGAGGAGCAAACUCAAUGGCCUUCUCCAGAUAGAGAAGCAAAUUGUGGCAGCUGGCGGGUCAAUCCCAAUCAUGGAUUUGUAAAAGCAGCAUUAAUUGAGCAAAAUAGACCAGACUGUUUUGCAAUACUUUGUCUAGGAUUGUCCUUUUACAGUUUCGUACUUUAGAAUAGUUAGUAGUUUGAUCUACUUCCAAGUUUUCUGAUCUCGCAAAAUGCCGUUGAAGCAGUGUUGUCUUU